GACCGCCACCCUGUUAUGGGCAUGCGCAACCGCCUCGACGGCAAUAAUAUGUCAGGACAACGCAAUAUCCCCCCUGAAAUCGGGGAACAGCCCGAGCAACCACCCUUGGAGGCCCCAGGGGCAGCUGCCCCCGGUGCUGGGCCUAGCCCAGCCGAAGAGAUGGAGACCCAAUCGCCUCACAAUGAGCCCAUCCCCACCGAGAGUGACGAGGCCUGUGGACCCCCAGAAGUCUCCAGGCCUAACUUCCAGGGCCUCAACGAGACCUUCGAGGAAGCCAGAGCAAGCGGAGGCUACAGCCCACCUCCUGAGGAAGCCAUGCCCUUCGAGGUCGAGCAGCCCAGCUUGGGAGGUUUCUGGCCUACCCAGGAGAUGCCUGGGUUCCCCAUUGGGCCCCCUGCAGGCCUCGAGGCCUUCAGCCCAGCACUCAUGGAGCCCGGAACCUUCAGGGGUGAAAGACCAGGCCUGGGAGGAUACAGUCCUCCACCAGAAGAAGCUAUGCCCUUUGAGUUCGACCAGCCUACCCAGGGAGUCUGCAGCCAACCUCUCUUACAGGUCCCAGACCUUGCUCCGGGAGGCCCAGGUGCAAGGGUCCCUGGAGCUCCUCCAGAGGAGCCCAGAGUCCUCCAGCCUGCAAAUGCUGGCUUCAGAGGAGGAUGUAGCCCUCCCCUUGAAGAGACUAUGCCAUUUGAGCUUGAUAGAGAAGCAUUUGGGGAUGACAGCCCACCUCCCGGGCUCCCCCGAGUUAUCCCACAAGUCGUCGGUGGCAGCCAGUUCACGGCAAUCGCGGUCCCGAGUGCGGUCAGCCUCGCUCCCUCCGCAAACGCGCCAGCCCUCUGGGUCCCAGGCGCCAUCGGCAGCCCAGCCGGAGAAGCUAUCAGACCUGCUUCUAACUUCGCGGUCGAUAGCCCCCCGAUGGAGAUCUCCGGACCCCCGCUCGAGAUUGGCAGCGCCCCCAAUGGGGUCGACGACGCUCCCGUCAACAUGGACAGCCCCCCAAUCGCGAAUGAUGGCCCGCCCAUCGAGGUCUCCGGAGCCCCAGAUAAGAGAGAGCGAGCAGAGAGACCCCCAGUUGAGGGAGAAGCAGCCGAGAUGGAAGGAGGCUCGGCUACCGCUGCUGCGGAGGAAGGAAAAGUCCCCUCUCCAGGGGACGGAUCCCCUACCGCCUCAGCCGAUCCCGAUCCCGACAUCCGGGCAGACCCUGCCGACCCAACGGAUGCUGACACCAACCCAGCGGAUCCUGACACCAACCCAGCGGAUCCUGACACCGGAGCAGCCCCAGCAGCCUCAGCAGAUGCAGACGCUGGGGCAGACCCUGACGCCCCAGUCGAUCCGGACGCUGGGGCAGACCCUGCCACGCCAGCAGAUCCUGAUGCCGGGGCAGACCCUGCUGUUCCAGCCGCUUCCGACACCGCCCAGGGAGCCCCAGUUGAUCCAGAUGCCGGAGAAGACCCAGAUGCCGGAGGAGACCCAGAUGCCGGAGGAGACCCGGUCGCCCCAGCCGAUCAAGACGCCGGGACAGCUCCCGCCAUCCCAGCUGAAAAAGAUGCUGCCCAGGGAGCCCCAGCUGAAAAAGAUGCUGCCCAGGGAGAACCAGCUGAAAAAGAUACCGCCCAGGGAGCCCCAGCUGAUCCAGAUGUCCAGGGAGCCCCUGUCACCCCAGCAGAUCCCGGCACCGGGGCAGCUUCUGUCGCCCCAAAAGAUCCUGGUGCCAGAAGAGUCCCUGCUGCCCCAGCAAAACCAAUCCCCAGGGCAGUCACUGCAGCCCGUAUCCCUCCUGCCGCCCGAGCAGCCGCUGCCGCCCGGGCAGCCGCUGCCGCCCGGGCAGCCGCUGCCGGCUAUGUCUCAGGGGCCAGACGCAAUCUCCAUCACCUUAGACCCCCCAGCCCCGAGAUCCAGGCUGCUGACCCGCCUACUCCGCGGCCUAUUCGGGCGUCUGCCUGGCAGGUUAGGGCUGAGCGUGGCCGAGGCUGCAGCAGGUAUGAGGAGGAGGCAAUCGGCGACGACGAUUCCUCCAGCGAUGAGUCCGAAGAUGGGACCUCCGGCUGCUUCCAGUGGUUGCAGCGCCGAAAUCGCCGUCGCCGAAAGCCCCGGCGCAACUUACUCCGCAACUUCCUCGUGCAAGCCUUCGGAGGCUGCUUCGGUCUUUCUGAGAGUCCCCAGCCCAAAGCCCCUGCGAGCCCCACCAAGGCCAAGAAGGUAUCUCUGGCGGAGAAGCGCAGACAGAUACGCAAAGAAGCCAUUGAGAUGCGCGCCCAGAAGCGCGCAGCGAAGAAACGCAGCAAGCUCAUCGACAAGCAACUUCAGGGCGAGAAGAUGGGUUACAUGUGUACACACCGCCUGCUGCUUCUAGGCGCUGGAGAAUCUGGUAAAAGCACCAUUGUGAAGCAAAUGAGGAUCCUGCAUGUUAAUGGGUUUAAUGGAGAGGGCGGCGAAGAGGACCCGCAGGCUGCAAGGAGCAACAGCGAUGGUAGUGAGAAGGCCACCAAGGUGCAGGACAUCAAAAACAACCUGAAGGAGGCCAUUGAAACCAUCGUGGCUGCCAUGAGCAACCUGGUGCCCCCUGUGGAGCUGGCCAACCCUGAGAACCAGUUCAGAGUGGACUACAUUCUGAGCGUGAUGAACGUGCCUGACUUUGACUUCCCACCUGAAUUCUACGAGCAUGCCAAGGCUCUGUGGGAGGAUGAGGGAGUGCGUGCCUGCUAUGAGCGCUCCAACGAGUACCAGCUGAUUGACUGCGCCCAGUACUUUCUGGACAAGAUUGAUGUCAUCAAGCAGGCCGACUAUGUGCCGAGUGACCAGGACCUGCUUCGCUGCCGCGUCCUGACCUCUGGAAUCUUUGAGACCAAGUUCCAGGUGGACAAAGUCAACUUCCACAUGUUCGAUGUGGGCGGCCAGCGGGAUGAACGCCGCAAGUGGAUCCAGUGCUUCAAUGAUGUGACUGCCAUUAUCUUCGUGGUGGCCAGCAGCAGCUACAACAUGGUCAUUCGGGAGGACAACCAGACCAACCGCCUGCAGGAGGCUCUGAACCUCUUCAAGAGCAUCUGGAACAACAGAUGGCUGCGCACCAUCUCUGUGAUUCUGUUCCUCAACAAGCAAGAUCUGCUCGCUGAGAAAGUCCUUGCUGGAAAAUCGAAGAUUGAGGACUACUUUCCAGAAUUUGCUCGCUACACUACUCCUGAGGAUGCUACUCCCGAGCCCGGAGAGGACCCACGCGUGACCCGGGCCAAGUACUUCAUUCGAGAUGAGUUUCUGAGAAUCAGCACUGCUAGUGGAGAUGGGCGCCACUACUGCUAUCCUCACUUCACCUGCGCUGUGGACACUGAGAACAUCCGCCGUGUGUUCAACGACUGCCGCGACAUCAUCCAGCGCAUGCAUCUUCGUCAGUACGAGCUGCUCUAAAGAGGGAACCCCCAAAUUUAAUUAAAGCCUUAAGCACAAUUAAUUAAAAGUGAAACGUAAUUGUACAAGCAGUUAAUCACCCACCAUAGGGCAUGAUUAACAAAGCAACCUUUCCUUUCCCCCGAGUGAUUUUGCGAAACCCCCUUUUCCCUUCAGCUUGCUUAGAUGUUCCAAAUUUAGAAAGCUUAAGGCGGCCUACAGAAAAAGAAAAAGAAAAAAAGGCCACAAAAGUUCCCUCUCUCUUUCAGUAACUAAAAUAAAAGCAGCAAACAGAAAUAAAGAAAUAAAUGAAACAAAUGAAAUAAAAAA